AUGUUCCGUUCGCAGCUGGCGACCGUGAACGCCGUUGCUCGCAGGUUCCAGAGCUCGCUAGGGUUCUCGACAUGUUCGCGGCGGUCGACGCUGCCUUCGCCACCGCUGGCUUCUACCAGCAAGACGACUCUUAGUUGGGUCGCUCGCCGCAGCUAUGCAGAUGCAGCCUCCUCGAAGUUCUCUCGAGCAAAACCUCACAUGAACAUCGGGACUAUCGGACAUGUUGAUCAUGGAAAGACAACGCUAACCGCUGCCAUUACUAAAGUCCUUGCUGAGAAGGGCGGCGCCAAAUUCACGGACUACUCCCAGAUUGAUAAGGCGCCAGAGGAGAAGGCUCGUGGUAUCACGAUCAAUUCCGCACACGUAGAAUACGAGACGGAUGCCCGGCAUUAUGGUCACAUCGACUGUCCAGGACACGCUGAUUACAUCAAGAACAUGAUUACUGGUGCUGCACAGAUGGACGGCGCUAUCAUCGUGGUUUCUGCCACUGACGGUCAAAUGCCCCAAACUCGUGAACAUCUGCUCCUUGCUCGUCAAGUCGGAAUCAAAAAGCUCGUUGUCUUCAUCAACAAGGUUGACCAGAUCGAUGACAAGGAAAUGCUGGAACUCGUGGAAAUGGAGAUGCGUGACCUCCUCUCGACGUAUAACUUCGAGGGUGACCACACGCCGAUUAUCAUGGGCUCCGCUCUUGCUGCUUUGGAAGGUCGCAACCCGGAGAUCGGCGCUGAGAAGAUCAAGGAAUUGGUCAAGGCCUGCGACGAAUGGCUUGAGAUCCCUCCUCGUGAUCUCGAGAAGCCCUUCCUUAUGCCCAUUGAAGACGUCUUCUCUAUCUCUGGUCGUGGUACCGUUUGCACUGGUCGGGUUGAGCGUGGCACUAUCAACAAGGGUGACGAAGUAGAGGUUCUUGGUCUGGGCGAGAACAUCAAGACGACUGUCACUGGCAUCGAGAUGUUCCACAAGGAGUUGGAUCGUGGAGAGGCUGGUGACAACAUGGGCUGCUUGCUCCGUGGUGUCAAGCGCGAGCAGAUUCGCCGUGGAAUGGUUGUCAUCCAGCCUGGCUCCAUGAAGUCUGUCAAGAAAUUCCAGGCUCAGAUCUACGUUUUGACUAAAGACGAGGGUGGUCGCUACACUCCUUUCAUGCAGAACUAUAGACCCCAGCUCUUCUUACGGACGGCCGACAUAACGGUUUCGUUGACUUUCCCUGAAGGUACCGCGGACGCCGCGGAGAAGAUGGUUAUGCCUGGGGACAAUGUCGAGAUGGUGCUCGACCUUGUUCACGACGUCGCUGCCGAAGUUGGCUCAAGGUUCACUCUCCGUGAGGGUAACAAGACGAUCGGUACUGGCAUUGUCACCAAAAUCCUGGAACUUGCAUAA